UGUACAAAAUUAUAAAAAAAUAAGUUCAGGGGUAAUAGGACCUUAGUUUAGUUAAGGUGUGUCUCUGGGAUUUUGGUCAUAGUCUAGGGGUACUAAUGUCUUAUCCCUUUUUCUACUAUAGGAAAAGGAGAAGUAAUAAAAGAGUGGAGAAUAGGAUGUUAUACAACAAGUUUCUACAAAUACAAAACAGUAGUAUUUGAUAUCUUGAAUUAUAUCCUCUCUACUCCUUCAAGAGUUAUUUUGUUUGAUAUCUUGAAUUACAUCCUCUCUACUCCUUCAAGAGUUAUUUUGUUUCAAUUCCUUUCCAUAUUGACUUAAUGGCAGCCUAUAGUGUUGUAAUUUCUCUUUUUCAAACUCUUAACCAACGAAAUCCAGAACUCUUUUAUAGUCGCACUGCUGAAGCGCUCAAUUCUGUUCGUUCAACUGCUGAAUAUUUCCAAAACGUUCUUGAAAAUGCUAGCAAGAGUAGAUUUGACACUGAAAAGAUCAAAUCUUUGGAGGAAAAAAUAAGACUUGCUAUUAGUUAUGCAGAAGAUGUUGUUGAGAUGAAAAUUUCUCAAAUUGUUGAAGGAUCAAGCUGGACAUUUGGAAUUUUACAACACCAAGAUUUGCUACCACUUGUUGAAAAGAUGGAUUCAACAAAGAAACAAGUGAUGGAGAUUGUUUCACAUCAUGCUGAACAAGUUCUUGAAUUAUAUGGGGAUUCCUUGAUUGGCACUUAUUCUACUCGUUAUCCAAUGUUGGAAGAUGAUAUUGUGCAGGGACUUGAUGAUGACUUGGAGAUCAUAAUUAAUAGAUUGAAAGGACUAUCACGGGAUCUAGACGUUUUCACAAUAUCAGGCAUGGGUGGCAUUGGCAAAACAACACUCACUAAAAAAGCUUAUGAUCAGGUAACAAUCAGGUAUCACUUUGACAUUCUUGCUUGGGUUACAAUAACUCAAGAAUUUCGAGCUAGAAAUGUAUUGUUAGAGGCUUUACAUUGUAUUCCAAAGAAAUCAGUUAGUGUGAAUGCAAAAGAUUAUAAUAAAAUGGAUGACAAUCAGUUAGCAGAGCUGGUGCAAAAGAGCCUAAAGGGUCGAAGAUACCUUUUUGUUGUUGAUGAUAUUUGGAGUACGGAUGUUUGGGAUAGCCUAAGACGAAUAUUUCCUGAUUGUAACAAUAGGAGUCGAGUCUUAUUGACUACUAGGGAAACCGAGGUAGCUAUGUAUGCAAAUAGUUGUAGCCCUCAUAAGAUGAGGCUUUUGAGUUUAGAAAACGGUUGGAGGUUACUAUGUGAUAAGGUGUUUGGACCAAAACGUGAUCAUCCUCAUGAACUGGAAGAAAUUGGAAAGGUAAUAGUAGAAAAAUGCCAAGGACUACCUUUGACAAUUUCAGUGAUUGCGGGUCAUCUUUCUAAAAUAGCUAGGACAUUGGAAUGUUGGAAGGAUGUUGCCCGAAACUUAAGUGAAAUCAUUGCUAGUCAUCCAGACAAAUGCUUAGGAGUGCUCGGUUUGAGUUACCACCACUUGCCUAAUCGCCUCAAACCUUGCUUUCUUUCCAUGGGUGAUUUCCCAGAGGAUUUUCAGGUUGAGACUUGGAGAUUGAUCCAAAUAUGGAUUGCAGAAGGUUUCAUAAUAAGGACUUUUGAAAAUGGUAAAACUUUGGAGGAAGUGGCAAUAGAUUAUUUGGAGGAUCUUAUUAGCAGGAACUUGAUACAAGCUAGAAAAAGGAGAUUCAAUUGUGAGAUAAAAACAUGUGGAAUACAUGAUAUACUGCGUGAGUUUUGUUUGAUAGAAGCUGAAAUGACAAAGCAUAUGCAUGUUGAGAGAACUCACCCUACUCUUCCAACACAAAGGCACAAUGCCCGUCACUUCAGUUUUCAACCCAGAUUUUAUCCAUUUGCUGAUUUUUCUGAGAUAUUACCCCCUGUUGCAAGAUCUAUUUUCUUAUUUUCUCACUUGGAUCAACCUCUUGAACCCUAUAUUCUUCUCAGGAUAUUGCCCAUCUACCAUCAUAAUCAUAUAACACAUGAUUUUUUCUCUCGUUUCAACCUUCUCAGGGUAUUAGCCAUCUUCAAUACAGAUGUAUGGUUCGAGUCUUUUCCACUUGUGAUUACAACGUUAUUUCAUUUGAGAUAUCUCCAAUUUCCAUUUCACGUCAAAAUUCCUGGCUCAAUCUCAAAGCUUAACAAUUUGCAAACUCUAAUUUGUAGUGGUCAUACUUUACCUAGGGAGAUAUGGAUGAUGAAGAACUUGAGGUAUAUACGUCUGGAGCUACCCUCUCAUUUACCCAGUCCUAGAAUAGGAAGUCUUGUGACAGUGAUGUCAAACCUAGAGGAACUUUCUGGUGUUUGUUACUUCAGUUGUACAAAGGAAGUCCUUUCUGGCAUUCCAAAUCUAAAAGUCUUGACCAUUCAUUUACCUCAUAUCUCGAAAGGAAUUCCCCAUCAUCAAUUGGAUUUGUCCGGAUUGACAAAACUUGAAGUAUUCAAGUUAUACGGGGCACCUUAUUUGAGAGAUCCCAUCAAGAGAUUUGGUUUUCCAACAUCACUUUGGAGGUUGUCUUUAAGUCGGUGUUGUUAUUUUGAUUGGGCAGACCUAUCAUCAACUGCUAUGAUGUUGCCAAAUCUUGAAGUGCUCAAACUUAUACAUUAUGAACCCUUGAGUAAUGAAUGUAGAUUGAGUGAUGAAUGGAGAAUGAGUGAUAAAGAUGUGUUCAAAAGCUUGAAGUUGUUGUUACUGAGUGGCGCAAAUCUUAAGCAUUGGGAAGCUAGCAGUGAUAAUUUCCCAAUUUUAAAACGCCUUGUUCUGAAGAAGUGCCGCCACCUGCAAGAAAUUCCAGCAGACUUUGGGGAAAUUUGUACUUUGGAGUCAGUUGAGUUACAUGAUUGCAGCGCUACUGCUGAGGAUUCUGCCAAAAAUAUUGAACGAGAACAAGAGGACAUGGGAAAUAAUAUCCUCAAGGUUCACAUCAUCCAUAACAAUGACUGGGACUGUUGCUUAGUUUGAGGGACCAUCUAAUGUCAUCUUCCAAAUGCAGAAUGUUUUAGUUUAUAUUAUGAAAAGUAAAAUCUUUCAUUUUUAUGUUCUGAUCAUUUGUAAAUUCAUGUUUUUGAAAUAAGCAUGUUUAAUACAUGUCUGGCCCAUUUGUGAUUUUGUAUUUCCCAUCACCACCGUGAUCCUAUAAUACAUGGUUUUUCUCUCAUUUCAACCUUCUUAGGGUAUUGGCCAUUAUCAAUACAAAUGGA